AUGACCUUGACCAAGAUCAAUUUCAUCACCGGCAACAAGAAUAAGCUUUCCGAGGUGAGAGCUAUCCUUGGGAAUGUCAUUGAAGUUGACAACCAAGCUGUGGAUGUCCCCGAAAUUCAGGGCACCAUCGAGGAGAUUGCAAAAGAGAAGGCCCGCCGUGCAGCUGAAGCGAUCAAUGGACCAGCCUUGACCGAAGACACAGCAUUGGAAUUUCAUGCGCUGAAGGGCCUUCCCGGGCCAUACAUUAAGUCGUUCAUGGAAGCCCUUGGCCACGAGGGUCUAAAUAGGAUGUUGGAUGGGUUCGACGAUCGUACAGGCGAAGCUGUGUGUACCUUUGCUUUCUGUCGAGGCCCCGGGGCCGAUCCCAUCAUCUUCCAAGGACGCACUCAAGGCACCAUUGUUCGCCCGAGGGGUCCAACCAACUUUGGCUGGGAUCCGAUCUUUGAGUACGAGGGAAAGACCUAUGCUGAAAUGGAUAAAGAAGCCAAGAACUUGAUCUCUCACCGAUACAAAGCUCUAGUCAAAUUCCAGCAAUGGCUAGCUGACGGUCAAAGCUGA